UCGGAUCAGACGUAUUGUACAGGUACAAGUCGGUCCGACUGAUCUUGUAACGCGGUACCACCAAGGGAUCACAUCCAUGAUCUGGCAGUCCUGUGGUGUAACUUUGGAACCAACCGACCUUGGAAAGCAACAGCUUGGAAAGCAGCGACUGCAGAUGGAACAAAGUUGAAAAUAAAGUUGGAAUAAGGUUAGAACCAUAAAUCCCACACGGAAUAGGGGGAAGUCCAGGCCCUUACAUACCUAGAUAUGUACGGUAUUAUAUUCGGCUCGCUCAGAUUUGGAUACGGCCGAAUGCAUGACAAUGGUCGAGCUACCUAGGGUGCUACCUCGUGUCGGAAACCAUGUUCGCCAGCUGGAAACCCGUGUCCGACAGCGAUGGCCAAAACGUGCUCCUAUGCAAGCGACCACACACCUUCGAUCCCGUGACGGCUAAGACAGAGAGGCCGGUGGCAUGCUCUCAAUGUAGGGUCCAAAAGGUGCGUUGCACGGGAGAGCAGCACGGCGAGGGUUGUAGCCGAUGUCAGGCACAGCGCAGGAAGUGUACGUACCCGCGUCGACGUAGCAGCGCCGCACAACCGACCGAAGAGGCACCUAACUUCGCCGAUACGGAGUUACGGUCUGACCCGCUCGAGCUUCCUACGCCGGCGCCUACAGAGGACUCCGGGAGACCGGUAUCGUCAGCCUCCGUAAGCCGCGCCGCCCAGGAAUUGAUUCGCGAGCCGCAAGGAGGUUAUUCGAAUGGCAUGGAUUUUUCCCAUUUUCCACUCAACCAGGAAUUCACUCGAUAUUCCAGUUUCGCCGUGAUGGGGGAGUGCCAAGUCCGGAACGGGAUUCAGGGUGGGCAUUCAGCAACUGAACAGAUGGCUACUCAAGAGCACACGCACUCGCACUCACACUCAAACUCAUACUCAAACUCAUACUCAAACUCACAAUCGCACCCGCAAUCGCACCCGCAAUCGCACACACAAUCGCAUUCACACUUACACUCGCUCUUCCGCAGCUCGCAGAAUCCAGAGAUGUACCCGGGACCCAACGAACCGGUCGCAAACUGCUCUCCACGUUCUCAAUCACGGUUACCGCAAGCUCAGGCCCUAUUCUCUGGUGAAACCCAGAAUCAGGCCGGAGCAAACACGCUACGACCGAGCGGACCCGACUGUCAAUGCCUGCACCGCGUGGUGAUUUUGAUAGACGAGCUAGAAGUAUUCGGCGAGCCAAGUCGUUCGCAUCUUCCCUUAGACGGUAUACUUGUGGCGCAUCGCAAGGCGUUACGCCAGGCCGAGGAUAUGAUAGCCUGCGCAUCCUGCGCGACACGGGUCGACCACAUGAUAAUUCUUACCUUUCUUGUAAGUAGGCUUGCCAACAUAUGCUGCCGCGCCAUCUCGGCGCUCUCGUCACCCUCAUCCCAUCGUGCAACAGGGGCUUCGCUUUCGACAGCGAGCCGCCCGGGCGUGAACGAGGCUCUGAUUACUUCCGUAGGCGCAUAUAGGAUCGAUAGUGAGACGGAGCACGUCGCGGUCGUACGCGUACUGCUACAUAUCGGUCUGGACCGCUUACUGGGGCUCGUAAGUGCGCUGCAAGAGGUGGGGAGACGGCUAGGUAGCGAUACUAUGGAUAGACGUCUUGGCGUGUGUAGGAGGGCUAUCGGGAUUAUGUUGGACGGCAGAUAAAUCGGUAUAGGCUCACGUCAGCCGGUAGAUGGCAGAUAUUCCAAACCACGACGCGCAUCGGUUCGGUCAGGGUCUGGCUAAUCAUAGCAAGCUUAUUCGGUCACUUCCUAAAACGUCUUAGAUUGUAGAUUUCGACUAGUGAGGUGUGGG